AUGAAGUGCUUCCGCCUCUACUCGUCCAUCCCUCGGCUACCCAUCACAUCCCCGUUCAUCACGCGGGCUAACCAACUACGGUCGAUGUCCAGGGCCAGCAGCCAAAUGAGUUCCCAAAAAGAGGAUUCAAUUCCCCAUGAGCUCCGCACAGCUGCAGAACCCCGGCAGAACAGACUCCAUCGUGUGCGGCUAUCGCAUGUCGAGCAGGUCAAUCCCUCUGUGCGACUGCUGCAGUUGGCCCUGCCCACCCAAGAGAAUAAUAAUAGUAACCAGCAUGCAUUCAGUUUCCUUCCAGGACAAUGGCUAGAUGUUCAUAUCCCCUCCAUCCCCAAAGCGGGUGGGUUCACCAUCACCUCCACCCCAGCAGAUGCACAAGUACUGCCAUCACCCGAGGCAUCCGCAGUCUCGCAGACUGGGGAACCCCUGGCCUCUUUUAUUGAUAUCCAAGGCCGGUUACCGUACGUGGAAUUAGCCGUGCAAGACUCGCCAGGGAAUCCAGCCGCUGCAUGGCUAUGGAGACCCAAAGAAGAUAUACUAGGCAAAGAGCUGAGUAUCCGUGUAGGCGGGAGCUUCACCUGGCCGCCUACCGGGGUAGAUAGCAAAGAUGUGAAAAAUGCUGUCUUUAUUGCCGGGGGCGUUGGUAUCAAUCCACUAAUCUCCAUCAUAUCCCACCUAAACAAUAACGACCCAAACACGACAUUGCCACAUAAACUUCAUAUCCUUUACUCAACGCGACUACCAAAAGGCCAUGGUGACCUCUCACUGGAGGAAAAACUCGAGCAGAUUCUUUUCCUGCCUCGAUUACGGCAGAUCAUGCUGUCCCAACUACAAUCCCGGCGAACCGAAAUCCACUUACAUCUCUUUUUGACCGGCCUAUCUGUGGAAUCGGACUGGUCUGAGCUUCAUGAGGCAGGUCUUUCUAUUAAUAGGGGGCGGAUCAGCGAGUCUUAUUUGCAUGAUGUGGUAGUUAAUUCGAGUGAGGCGAAAGAUUUGGGAGAUACAGUAUGCUACGUUUGUGGGCCACCUGCUAUGACCGAUUCAAUAGUCGAGGUAUUGGGCGGCAUGCUUGGGGAGGGAAGGGAGAAGAGGAUUUUCUUUGAGAAAUGGUGGUGA